GACCACGUCGCUCCCACCCAUCCAGCGGCGACAGCCCGGCUGGGUCCACGGCGCCUCACCCAUGGGGAACAGCAAAAGCGGGUCCCUGUCCAAGGAGACCCUGGAGGAGCUGCAGCUGAACACCAAGUUCACGGAGGAGGAGCUGUGUUCCUGGUACCAGUCCUUCCUGAAAGAGUGCCCCAGCGGCCGCAUCACCCGGCAGCAAUUUCAGAACAUCUACGCCAAGUUCUUCCCCGACUCUGACCCCAAGGCCUACGCCGAGCACGUGUUCCGCAGCUUCGAUGCGAACAGCGAUGGCACCCUGGACUUCAAGGAGUACAUCACUGCCCUGCACAUGACCACGGCGGGCAAGCCCAACCAGAAGCUGGAGUGGGCCUUCUCCCUCUACGACGUGGAUGGCAGUGGGGCCAUCAGCAAGAACGAAGUGCUCGAGAUUGUCGUGGCGAUUUUCAAAAUGAUCAAUCCUGAGGAUGUGAAACUCCUUCCAGAUGAUGAAAAUACCCCCGAGAAGCGAGCUGAGAAGAUUUGGGGCUUCUUUGGAAAGAAAGAUGACGGUAAACUUACAGAGGAAGAGUUCGUCGAGGGGACUCUGGCCAAUAAGGAAAUUCUGCGACUGAUCCAAUUUGAGCCUCAGAAAGUGAAGGAAAGGUUAAAGGAAAAGGAAAAGAACCCCUGAUGCCAACUGCUUAGCUCUCCUGCCGCCCUUCACCACUCAAACACACACACGUGCACGCACAAACACACCCCAGGGACCAAGAGAGAGGCCUCUAAACCCACAGCACAUUAAGCCCACAGCAUAGUUCCCUGCCACACUCAUGUGUCUUUAGCAAUCAACCGACUCCUUCUGCCCUAUGUCUCUAGAGUCCCUCCUAUUACACCUGCCCACCUUUCCUCCCCUGCCCGCCAGCCCGUGCCUCCCAUGAUAAUCCCAGGAUUAGGUCACAGGAGUCCUAAAUAUCACCCUCGUGUAAGCUCCUUUGUGGAUUGCUGGGUAAGCAGGUUCAAAUAAAUGCAAGAGGAGCUGG